GGAGCUGCGGGAAGCGGCAGUCGCGGCGGCUCGUGGCUGUCUAGGCGGUCGGCCGGUAGCGACGGGUGUCCGGGGUUGCCGGGGUUCUCCGCCCCGCCAUCACUGCCCUUCUGCCUCUCGCCGCCCGGCGUGACCUGCGCCUCUCCUGCCGCCUCCGCGCAGCCCUGGCGGUGCAAGGCAUGAAGCUGAGCAAAGCCCAGUACGAUGAGAUAGCCCAGUUCCUGGGGCACGUGCAGCCCACCCGGCAGAGUCUGAGGAAGCUGAAGGAGAAGUUUCCUAGUCAAUCGCAGUCCACUCUGCUGAGCAUCUUCUCCCAGGAGUACCAGAAACAAAUCAAAAGAACACAUGCCAAGCAUCACACUGCUGAAGCUAUCGAAACUUAUUACCAAAGGUACCUGAAUGGGGUGAUGAAAAAUGCAGCUGCCCCAGUAUUACUGGACCUGGCCAAUGAGGUGGACUUUGCCCCAUCAUUGAUGGCUCGUAUCGUGUUGGAAAGAUUUCUACAAGAAAAAGAACAAACCAUCCCCUCCAAAACUCUUAUUAAUAGCAUGCUACGGGACCCUUCUCAGAUUCCAGAUGGAGUGCUAGCAAAUCAAGUCUAUCAGUGUACUGUGAAUGACUGUUGUUAUGGACCACUGGUGGACUGCAUCAAACACGCUAUUGGGCAUGAGCACGAAGUCUUGCUGCGAGAAAUGCUUUUGGAAAAAAAUCUCUCUUUCAUAGCUGAAGAUCAGCUUCGUGCAAAGGGUUAUGACAAAACACCAGACUUUAUUUUAGAAGUACCAGUAGCUGUGGAAGGACACAUAAUUCACUGGAUUGAAAGCAAAGCCUCAUUUGGUGAUGAAAGUAGCCACCAAGCCCACUUGCAAGACCAGUUUUGGAGCUACUGGAACAGGAGAAAAGUUGCCUGUGAUUCCACAUCUUGCAGUCCUGGAUUCAAGGUUUUCCUUCCACUGGGAAUUGGAAUUCGGGGCCUAUUUGGCCCUGGAUUAGUCAUCUACUGGUACGGAUUUAUUGAAGAGCUGGACUGCCAUCGUGAACGUGGUAUCCUGCUAAAAGACUGCUUCCCUACUGACAUUGUGACUCUGCGACACAGCAUGGCUCAGCGCUGAUGUUGGGAGGAAGAGGUACUGUAGCAAAUGUCUGGUACACUGAAGUCCAAAGGAACAACAUGCAGGAGCUGUCUUUAUGUGAGUUAUUUCUGAAGGAGUUUAUCAUGCUGGUGUUCAAGGAGGGGAAUCUAAAAAAAAGAUACAGCAGUGCUUCAUACUGGAUCAGUUCCACAAGACGAAUAAAACACACAAAUGGACAGAAGUUUCCUGUGUACUUGUUUUCUUGUAAGAGCCUUGUUUUUCUCUUGUUAGAACCACCAAGAUCGGAAGUUCAUUGAGCUGGGUGUUAGCCCUUUGUGAAGUUUUGAGUUCAGUCUCUUCUUUUUCCAUCCACAUCGCCACUCAGAGGAGCAAGUUGGGUCUCAGGUUUGUGCUCUCAGACCUUUCUUAGUGACAGCAGCUUGUUGGACUUGACACACUUCAGUACUCUUCUCUGUGCUAGCUAUUACUCAGGAAAGGACAAAUAUUUUAAAAUGUCAGUGAGAGAUUUGCAUGUAUGCUCAUCAUGUUCAGAUUUUCUGAGAAGAAGAGCUAUGGAAUCAGCUGUAGAAAUAAAGGUCUGAUAACAGUCUCCCUAAAGCACAAGUUGGUGAUCUUUUCCAGAAGGAAAGGGUCUCUAAAACAUUAAAGUGCAUAUUCAUCACCUUUUUUUAGGUGAAGUGAUAUGUGUGGAAA